AAAGGCAACAGUUGACGCACAAAGAUCAGUUGUGUGACUUCGCUUUCUGGCUUCCAACCCAUUUAAAACCUUUACUUUGACUUCGGUCACAGUAUUACAUGUUCUCUGAUUGUAAUGUAACUGCAGACAGCUCGCAGCAUGGACGGAGGUGUCUCCGAGUUACCUGGCCCCUCUCUUCCCCUCUCUGCUUUGCGGCUCCUGGUCUCACCGAUUCGGCUGGUUUCUGCAGCCAUCUGGCAGACUGUGGAGCAGAAGGUUGUGUCAGACUAUGGGCUGCUUGAGGAGUUUGUGUUUAUGGUCACAGAAAUUGUUCCUCAGCUUCUCUCUACGAGGCAGCGCGCUGAACUCGUCUUGGGACUCAGAGCACGAUUGAUCCUGGAGCUGUGUCGUUCUGAUGAGACCGCGGACCUGCAGGUUAUUCAACCACAUCUCGACCGGAUGCAGAAGCUCAGAUCACUGUGGAGCGUGGAGAAUGCUGAACCGGUGUCAGACUCUCAUUUCAUGGGCCUAGUCCAAAAUCUGCUGAGAGAUCCCGAAGAGAGAAGAAAUUUCUUCAUGGAUGUUUUCCCUGGAGACUUUGGUCCCACAUAUGACAAAGCAAUCCAGACACUGAUGUGGUUGUUUCUGUCAAGACUGGAAAAGCUUCUUCCAACCAAAACUCUCCAACAGAUUGCCUCUCUGCUCAACGACACCUCAUCUGUUCUGAAUGAAUGCAUGGGGGCUUUCUCUCAGCCUCAGGAGCUCAAAGUCUUGCUUGACAAUCAAAAAGAUCUCACCCAAUUAGAGGACAUUGAGUCUUUCAUCGUUGACAGUGGCAUUUUGUCUGCCCUGUGUCUCCCUCCUGUGGAAAGAGUCGUGAUUGUCAAUGAGCAAACUGAAACGGAUGCAGAGAGCAGUCUCGUGUAUACUGUCUGCACAGAGAUGGAAGUGGAAUCUGAGAACAAAGAGGUGUAUGUGGAGGGGACUGGGAACUCUGAGGAGUGUGUGCAACCUGAGUGGUUUGGCCUCACUGGUGAGGUAAAACCAGAAAUUGAUGCAGUGGUAGUUAUGGAUACUGUGGAAGGCACUGAGGCCAGCGAAAGCGAAAUGGCAGAGGACCGCAAUGACAACCAAUCAGGAACACUGAUCAUCGGCGAGGAUGGCCAGGUGACUGUGCUGGAUGGUGUGGAGAAGAAGCCAACCAGACGUGGGAGAAAAAAGAAACGUCCUGUAGAUGAAGACUUUGAAGCGGAAAGUGCAGUGAUGGGCAAAAAGGAAACACCAGAAAGUGACGCACUGUUAGAAAGAUCAGUGCGUAAGAACAGAGGGCUCAAGAUGAAACGGUACUUGUCACAGUGGAGGAAAUCUGGGAAGACACCGGGCUCCAGUACGACCAGCAGUGGACCCAAAAAGUUUGCCGGGCCCCAAGGUCCAGCCAAAAGCAACGACUUGGAUGAGAGAACCUGUAAAGUCUGCAGCAAGGUUGUGAGUCAUGUCAAGUUCUUGCAGCGACACAUGAGUCAGCACUCCGAGGAGCUGCCCAUUACAUGUCCUUCAUGCAAAAAGCUUUACAAGAGCUUACGUUCCUUGCAGCAGCACAGAUGUGCAAGCAUGACAAAGGCAAAGGCUGUUAGGAAAGCCAAGGAGCAAGACACCCCAGCAGGCGAAGGCGAACAGUCAUCAAGCGGGGUUCCUUGCGACGACACAAAUGAAGAGCAGCCAGUUGACAAUACCUCCCAAGAUCCUGAUUACUCUCCCCCUGCAGAGAGGGCUUCCAAAGAACCAGGGCAGAAGAGCCCUGAAGAACAGAAGAGUGUGUUAGAGGGUCCAUUCUACUGUCCUCACUGCAGUGUCGAGUUCAAGUGCAAACAAACAUUUAGGUUCCAUUUAAGAAACAUUUGCUACAAUGAGCAGCAGGUUGAUCCUGAGAAGCCUGACGAUGUUAAGCAUUGUUUCAGGUGUGAUGAAUGCGACAAGGCGUUCAGAUACAAAUCAACUUUAGAUUCCCACAAACAGACUCACAACCCGCUCUACUGUGAGGUGUGUAUGAAACUGGUACGUGACUCAGAAGCAUUGGCCAUGCACAAAGAAUCCCACACACCUUUUCAGUGUAACCGCUGUGAGGAGAACUUCCCAGUGUUCAAGGCCCUUCAUAAGCACUACAUCGACGUCCACAACCCCACCGAGCCAUUUACCUGCUCCCACUGUCAGACUACAUUUGCCAGUUUGAAGCGUUUCAUUAGACACGAGUGGAAGCACACGGGUUACCAACCAUUUCAGUGCUCCCAUUGUAGUAAAAGAUUCCGUUCAUACUCUGAUCUUGUGGAGCACCAGAAAAAACACACUAAGGCAUACCCAUUCCUGUGCUGGGAGUGCGGCAAGAAAUUCCGGCACGGCAUCACGCUGACGAGACAUGUGGAGCGUGUGCAUCACUCUGGAGAACCCGUGACUGAAAAACCUACGCCGAUCUUUACCUGCCCUCAGUGCGGGAAGACGUUCACUUCAAGAAGGUGCCUCCUGAAGCACGACAAUUUUCAUCACAAAGGGCUGCGCUUCCCGUGUGAGCACUGUGGGAAGGGCUUCUUUGGCAAGGACGCGUUGGUGAGGCACACUUUGAUUCACACGGGCGAAAGGCCUUUCAAGUGCGACGACUGCGACAAGUCAUUUAGAUCUGCAGCAGAAUUAAAGAUACACAGGAGAUACCAUACUGGAGAAAGGCCAUUUAAGUGCAACAUCUGUGAAAAGGGCUUUGUUCAAUCUUGCUUUCUUACUUUACACAUGCGAACCCACACUGGAGAACGGCCAUAUGUUUGUGCAGUGUGCAAUAAGGGGUUUUCAAGCCUGCAUGGCUUAAAACGACACAGGAGACUUGUUCAUGCAUAGAUCAUUGUGACAUAAUACAUAUUUCCAAAAGGAUUUGUAGCUUAACCAGCCCAUGUUGGUGUUAGGUGUAGACCAGAACUUUGCAAAGAGUGAAGAGCUGAUGAUUUGGCCUAUCCCUGAAAGGACACCUUUGUUGAUGGUGACGAAGAGAUGGACAAAGUUUUCCAGUUGAAGGACAUUUUCUGUAAACUAUCAGCCUUAUUGUUCUUCCUAUGGCUGGCACAGCUUUGGAUUGCUAGAAUGUGUGUAAUUGCGUUGUGCAUUAUGAAAAUGUAACUUGUAUUUUUUACAGAGACAUUUGUUGUUCUACAUAAGAUUUGUAUGUAUAAAUGGGAUGACCCUUAAAGGUCCCAUAUUAUA